GUCUUAAAAUUUUGGACCCAGACCCGACCCUUAGACCCUAAACUUAUUUAAUAUAUACAUUUUUACUUUUUAAAAAAAAAAAAACAAACUGAUUUUCUAAAAGACUAAAACCUAAGUAUAACACCAAAACACCCAUUCUGAACUCUUAUGUAAGUUGUGUUUGUUUUCUUUUUUUCAGUUUGUAUGUUUGUGCUUUUGUUUGCUCAAUUUAUAUGUUUGUGAAUUGUGUUUGUUUCGUUUUUUUUUUCAGUUUAUAAGUUUGUGUUUGUUUUGUUUUUUUCAAUUUAUAUGUUUGUGUUUGUUUCAUGCGAUUUUUUUUGUUUGUUUCAUGUGAAUUUCAGAUGAUUAUUGAUAUUAAUAAUGCUGAAAAUUUGACAAAAUAAAGAAUUCAAGCCUGGACCCUCCAGACCCUCUAGACCCUCCAGACCCUAAGGGUCUGGGUCAAGGUCCAAUUUUUUCAGACCCUUAGGGUCCGGGUCCGGGUCUGCAAAAAAAUUUAGGGUCCGGGUCUAGGGUCCAGCUGGACCCGACCCAGACCCUACCCUUGCCCAUCCCUACCCCUAAUUAGUAACAACAAUAAUAAUAUUAUUAUUGGAUAUAUUUAUAAUAUUUUUUUAUAGGUAAGAAUCGGUCUAAUUGAAGUCUGAAGAUGACCCUAUGUAAACUCAAAUACAAGAAGUAAAGUAUUCGAAGAAUGACCAAAUCUAACUAAAUUCGACUCCAAUUUUCACCCGAUCCAAAUGACCAGAUUGAUGAGCCUUUUUAAAAACUUCCCUAAAAGAAAAAAGAGGGAAAAAAAAGAAUUCCUUGAGGUGGGGUUCGGCACUAUCUGAAAAAAAAAAAAAAAAAAAAAAAACUGAAAGAGUAGUGGGGCUACACUAAGGAGCAACGACCAGUGUAACUAACUGUUAUUUGUCCUCCACGCCCUUUCAUUCUCAUCAGCCUCAAAUAUUCCCCUUCACAUCGUUGAAUUCUUCAAAUAUUUCUGAUCGUUUUGUCUUCCUUUACAGAAUUGUCACGUACCUGCAAUAACUUGUCCACUCUUAUUUUCUUCUUCAUACCUUUCUUUUUCUUUUUCCAAAGAUAGAGACAGACAUAAGGCGAAAAGACAUCAUUUGUCACCAAUAUUUGUUUCUUAAGAAGUUUUAAGACUUGUAAAACCUGGAGUUUGAUAGGGUCAACUGAUGCAAAAAUGGGUAGGAAAGGAAAUUGGUUCUCUGCAAUGAAGAAAGCCCUGAACCCUGAGGCAAAAGAGAACAUCAACCAGCAGGAUUCUGGAAAGUCGAAGAAGAAAUGGUUCAAGAAGAAGAAACGAUCUGGUUCGAACACCAUACCAGCUGAAACUGCCCCUGCAGCAACGUUACCUCCUCAGCCAACCGUUGCUGCAGUGGUUCCUCCUGCUGAACCAGCAAAAUCAAGUACAGUAGAUAAGGAACACACAAAGCAUGCCUAUACUGUUGCUAUUGCAACUGCUAAGGCAGCUGAGGCUGCUGUUGCUGCGGCUCAGGCUGCUGCUGAGGUUGUUCGUUUGACAGCAACUACUCCACCUAUUGCUAGCAAGUCUAAGGAGGAAGCUGCGGCCAUUAAGAUUCAGACAGCUUUUCGAGGAUAUAUGGGAAGGAGAACAUUGCGUGCUUUGCGAGGAUUGAUGAGGUUGAAAACAGUGAUGCAAGGACAGGCAAUAAAACGUCAGACUGCAAAUACUCUGAAGUCUAUGCAAACAUUAGCUCGUGUACAGACUCAGGUACAUGAGCGAAGGCAGAGGAUGGCUGAGGAGAAUCUGGCUCGUCAAAAACACAUUCAGCAGAAAUAUGCUAAAGAGCAAGCCAAGGAGCUUGACAAAUUACAACAAAAUGGAGAUGGUUGGGAUAGCAGUGGAAAGACAAAGAAAGAGAUCGAAGCAAAGAUGCAAAGCCGACAUGAAGCAGCCAUUAGAAGAGAAAGGACUAUGGCUUAUGCAUUUACUCAUCAGCAAGCAUGGAAAGCAUCAUCAAUGUCUGCCAACACAAUGUUUAUGGAUGUAAACAAUCCCCAUUGGGGCUGGAGCUGGUUAGAGCGUUGGUUAGCUGCUAGACCAUGGGAGACUGCAACUACUCCUGAUAGCAAUGAUAACUCACCUCGUAUUAAGAUCUCAAAGACCAUUAUGUUUGGGAAUGAGCUUCCUAAAAAACAUGCUCGUCAUCACAACACUGAAAAGCCUUCCCCAACACCCAUCCCAAAACAAACUCGCUCUUCUACUGGUGGUCGUUUGUCCACCUCUAGUGUUCCUUCAAAAUCCACUGCAGCAGCACGCAAGUUGAGAACCCCGAGCCCAAAAGCAAGCCCAAGAAUGAGCAUGUGGGGUCCAGAUGACGAUGCAAGAAGUACGCUUAGUCAGCAGUCAGAACAACAAUCAAGGAGAAAUAGUGUAACAGGUUCAUCAGUUAGUAGGGAUGAUGAGAGCCUAGCUAGUUCUCAAACUGUACCAAGUUAUAUGGCAGCCACGGAAUCUGCUAAGGCUAGGUCGCGAUUAGGAGGUGAUCCAAAGAGGGAAAAGAGUGUCACACCUGACAGAUCAUCUGUUAGUUCUGCUAAGAAAAGGGCAUCUCAGCCUGCUUCUCCUGCUAGAUCAAGGCGGUCAACUUCCUCCAAUGCAGAUGCUAAUUCUAUCUCAGACCAUAUUUAGAAAUUAAUUUAAUUAUAUACUUCAUUUCAAAAACUCCUGAUUUGUGUUUGUUCGGGUGAUUAGUCCCUAUUGCAUAGUCUUAAUUCAGAGUUGUAAUUGUUUGCUAAAAACUUGUUUUUAUUUUUAUUUUACAUUGAGGAUAUAUAAAGGCAUGAUGAUGCCUGCUGUAAACACUGACAUUUUCGGAUUUAACUGAUAUGGCAAGAACUUUUACCUGUGAGAAUGUCAUGCCAACUGAACAAUUCUGCCAUAUACAGUUUAUAAGUACAGGUUUUUCGCGUUUUCUACAUGUAAUGAAAAUAUGAAUUCCUUGAAGCAACAUUG